AUGUCGCUGAUCCCACACUUCCACCGUGGUGGGCUUUCGGCUGUUAGCCGCCUUCUCGAUAACUAUGAAAAUAUGUUCUCCAAUCUCGGCCAACUUCAAACCUACGCACCGUCCUUUGAUGUUCGCGAGACAGACAAAGCCUACCACCUCGAUGGUGACCUUCCUGGUGUUCAGGAAAAAGACCUGGAAAUUGAGUUUGAGGAUGAACAUUGCUUGAAAAUCAAAGCGCAUAGCGAGCGCGAGUCUACAACUGAGAAAGAUUCGUGGCUAGCAUCCGAAUCUUUCUCAGUUGUAGACUCGCGCUCGCUAUGCGCUUUGAUAUUGGCAGAAUGGCAGAUUCAUAUAGUGUGUAACAAGUGUGGUCGAGCUCGCCCACAUUAUUCAGACUAUGGAUGUCAGGGAGGUGGUUGCGUAGACAUCUUUGAAACUCGAUAG